AUGUCCGUGCAACCAGACUACCACGGCUGCGCCGACUGGCGCGCCAUCGCCGACCUCCAUCAGACCACCCUCGCCAUCCCCGAACACCUCAUCUCGUCCGACCCGGCGCUUCAGCAAUGGCGGCUACGCGCCAACCAGGACCUCGAACCGCCCUCUGCGCGCAGCCAGCGUGGACCCUCUCUUCGCUCUCUCCUCUCUCACCCGCACACCGCUGCCAUCCUCGAGGCGCCCACGCUACACCUCUCGCCGCCCGACUUGCUAGACGGCAAGGACGCGACAUCGCUAGUCGGCCUCAUGAAGAGCGGUGCCGUCAAGGUCGAGGACGUCACCCGCUCCUUUCUCGCGCGCGCAGCCGUCGUACACCAGGCCACCGGAUGCCUCUCUCACUUCUUCCACGACCUCGCUCUGCAUCGAGCUCGCCUACUCGACGCAAAGAGGGCCGAGCUGGACCGUCUCGGGCGACUCGACCAGCUAGGCGCCUGCUUUGGCCUGCCCAUCAGCAUCAAGGGCCACCUCCAUUACGCCGGCAAAGGCAGUCAGCGUGGCUUCGUCUUCGACGUGCUCCCGGACCCCACCGCCCAUCCCCUGGUAAGGUCCAACUUGACCCAGGAGCAGGUCGCCUAUCUCGCCGCCACCCAGGGCGGCUUCAUCAACGAUCCGCCCGCCGACUCCCACCUCGUAUCGCUCCUCCUCGACGCCGACGUCGUGAUCCUGGCAAAGACGGCCAUGCCGCAGGGAGUCAUGCACCUCGACACCCGAUCCAACCUCUACGGCCAGACCCUCAACCCUUGGAACCUCGCCCUCAGUCCCGGAGGUUCCAGCGGCGGCGAGAGCGCUCUAGUCGCCGGCGGUGGCACCGCUCUUGGCGUCGGCUCUGAUAUCGGUGGCUCCGUACGCCAGCCCUCGGGCGUCUGCAACCUCUACGGCUUGCGUCCGACCACGCUGAGGCUGCCCUACAACGGUAACUCUUCAUGUCGCGUCCUCAACGAGAGGACUCGGCCCUGGGCGCAGGAGCACAAUCUCUUCCCCAUACCGUGGAGAAGGGUCGACGGGCUUCUCGAGCCUUCCGCAGAUGCGCCUCCUCGCACCAUCGUCGUCGGCGUGAUGCUCGAGGACGGCGUGGUUAGGCCGACUGCGCCCGUACGUCGGGCAAUGACGACCUGGCUCAGCCGGCUCCAGAGCGCAUCUGCGCAAGCUCGCAUGCCGACCCGAUUCGAGCUGAAGCUCUACAAGCCGGGCACACUACAUCGGAGGUCGUGGGAUCUGAUCCGUUCUCUCUACUUCAUGGACUCGGGCAAGCUGUUCCACUUGCUUGCAAAGGCCACGGGGGAGCCGCUGUUGCCCUUGACUCAGUUCAUCCUCCAGCCAGACUUUGUCCGCGCGGCCCAGAAUGACCUGGCCGCCGAUGCCGCCGGAGAUUCGACGCGCAAGAGGGACGAGAUGUCGGCGACCGAGGUCUGGGCCAUGGUGCGAGAGCGCGAGGCGCUGCGCAAGGAAUCGCUGCGCCUCUGGAACCAGCUCGGGCUCGACUGCCUGCUGUGUCCCGUGAUGGGCAGCGUAGCCCCCCGGCCUGGCAAGAUCAAGUACUGGGGCUACACUAGCGCCUUCAACCUGGUCGACUAUCCCGGCAUCGCGUUUCCGAGCGGACUGGUGGCCGAUAGCGCAAAAGAUCGCGAGUACGAGGCUUCAGAGAGCGCCGCAGCCCAGCCUGGACAAGGCGCUGAAGCGUGGCGCUACGAUGCGUGGCGCAGCGAUCUUGGCGAGUUCGACCGGGAGAACCGCGAGGAGUACGAGGCGCAUCGAGGCGUGUUUGACGGAGCGCCCAUCGGUUUGCAGCUCAUCGGACGGCGGUACCAAGACGAGGAGCUGUGCAAGUACCUCGAGCUCCUGGAGCACGCCUACCGCCGCGGCUAG